GGUGCCCGGGGUCUGGGGGGGUCCUGGCGCCCCCGCCGCCGCUUCCCGGCUUCCCGUCCUGGGGGACCCUGAAGGAGAGCCUGAGGGGUCCGGGGGGCCCCGCCGCCGCCUCCAGACUUCCUGGUCGGGGGAACCCCGAACGGCAACCUGGGGGGGUGUCCUGGGGCGCCCGUGCCGCCGCUUCCCGACUGCGCGUCCUGAGGGACCCCGAAUGGGAGCCAGAGGGGUUCAGGGGCCCCCGCCGCCGCUUCCUGGCUGUGGCGGCCCCGAACGGGAACUUGGGGGGGUCUGGGGCGCCCCCGUUGCCGUCUGUAGGCUUCCUGGCCUGGGGGACCCCGAAUGAGAACCUGAGGGGGUCUGCGGGGAGUCCAGGGCGCCCUCGCCGCCGCCUCCCGGCUUCCUGGCCAGGGGGACCCCGAACUGUGGCGUGGGGGGUGGUCCGGGGCGCCCCCAGCGCGCGCCCAAACUUGGCGGGCGGCGCACGUGGCGAGCCGAGGCGAGGGUUCCGGUUCUGCCACCGCCCAACUUAUCCCACUCGGGGCUCCGGGCUCCCCGCUCCCAUCCCACCCCCCGUAAAGUGGUAAGGUCGGGAGGGGUUCGCAAACCCAGGGUCCGGGGGGCUCGGGUCAGCCGGGGCCUGCUGUGUUUACGUUGCCUCGGCGCCUCCCCGCCGGGGGUGGGCUGGAGCUGCGGAAGGGAGAGUCAGCGCUUCCGAGGCGGCGACGGGCCCGCGGAUCUUUGCUGAGCCGAGGCGUCCCCUCCUAUAGGGGCCUGACCUGCUCCGGACCCCGCGGGGCCGGGGAACCUCAUUUCGCUGUGCCCCGGGGCUCGGCGCCAUUCUUUGGUAGGAGCGGCUCCUGCAGCAGCGACGUUGUUUUAGAGUUGCAUUCUUCCGGCAAAACAGUCUGGGUUGGGUUUCCUAGUGGUCUGGUGUAAAUUUCUCGGUGCCCUUAGUUUUGAGCAGCGCCCUGUGUUCUCAGCGCUGGGCUUGGCUACUGCGGGAGCGGUUGCUGCUAGAGGGUUGCCUUGGCAGGCGCCUCUCGCACCAGCUACAGGUCACAUUUGUGGAUGGGAAAUGCCUUUUGUGGGUUCUCCCCCUCCCCAGACAAAACAAAAGAGCACCUUCCGUUGGAGAACCAGGAUGAAAGCACUUAGCCCCUGCCUAGCCCGUGCUGAGUCCUCUCCAGGCACUUUGACUUGGCAGGGUCUGUGUGCCUGUGUGGGGGACAUUGCAGGGAUGGGCCUGAGCAGGGAGUCCACCGGCCAUGGGGGAUGGAGCCAUCGACUUUGGGGUGAGGCAGGGAAAGGGCUCCCAGAUGGGGUACCUGGGUUAGGUCCAUUCAAGCCGCGGGUGAACGUGGGCCCGCUCCACCGAAGGCGUGGCUGUGAGGAGGCUGGAGAGAGGUGAGGGCUCCUGUCCCCUCCCUGCAUGGACACCCUUGGGAAGUGGGGCAGCUGGGGUCCCAGCCUGGGUCUGGAGGGGUCCCACCCACAGCACAAAUAGGCUCGCAGGCCACCCGGACGCCACGGGCUGCGUGGAGGAGAACUGGAGUGCAUGGACCCUGCUCUCCUCCCGGGCUGCCAGGAAUGUCCACUGCUUCCUAAGUCAGACUCCUUGGGCAAGAAGUGUUGCCACAGCUGCCCCUCGCAUGGGAGACCGGCUUCCACUCUAUGCGGAGUCCACAGUCUACUCUGAUCUUGAUGUGUGGAGUUGUUGUGUGGGUGAAAUGCUUGUGACCCUGCGAAGCGCCCUCCUGGCAGGUCCCCUGCAGGUGCGGUGGGUGCCAUGCGGGAGGGUGCUGAGCUUGGAUGGAAGCAGGCCCUCUCUGCGGCAGAUGGCCGCUCUCAGGACGCCAUGGGUCUGCGGUGUCCCUUACCCACUGGGGGGGGCUCGGCAGCCUGAGGAACUCCCUCUUCCUGAUGCAGAGCCCUCACUGCUCAGUGCCAUGAAGGAGGCAGGAGAUCCCGCCGGACCCCGCUUGGAGGGCUGGGCCUGGAGCAUGCAUGGGUGCGGGGUCAACGCCUCAGGAGACUUGGAGCUUGGGAGCUCCCUGUUCUGGGACACUUGUGGCCGUCCAGCUGCUGCCCUGGGAAUCCACACCUGGAAGGAAGCUCUUCGUGGGCGGUCUUGACUGGAGCACGACCCAAGAGACUCUGCGCAGCUACUUUUCCCAAUAUGGAGAAGUCGUAGAUUGUGUUAUCAUGAAAGAUAAAACCACCAACCAGUCUCGAGGCUUUGGGUUUGUCAAAUUUAAAGACCCAAACUGUGUGGGGACGGUGCUGGCCAGCAGACCGCACACGCUAGAUGGCCGAAACAUCGACCCCAAGCCAUGCACACCCCGGGGGAUGCAGCCGGAGAGAACACGGCCGAAGGAAGGAUGGAAAGGACCCAGGAGCGAUAACAGUAAAUCAAAUAAGAUAUUUGUCGGUGGAAUUCCUCACAAUUGUGGUGAGACAGAGCUCAGGGAAUACUUCAAGAAGUUCGGAGUGGUCACGGAGGUAGUCAUGAUCUAUGAUGCCGAGAAGCAGAGGCCCCGAGGUUUUGGAUUUAUUACUUUCGAGGACGAACAAUCAGUGGACCAGGCUGUCAACAUGCAUUUUCACGACAUCAUGGGCAAAAAAGUGGAAGUUAAACGAGCUGAGCCUCGGGACAGCAAGAGCCAAGCGCCGGGACAGCCAGGUGCCAGCCAGUGGGGGAGCCGGGUUGUGCCCAACGCUGCCAAUGGCUGGGCAGGCCAGCCCCCGCCCACGUGGCAGCAAGGAUAUGGCCCGCAAGGAAUGUGGGUGCCGGCAGGACAGGCGAUUGGUGGCUACGGACCGCCCCCUGCAGGAAGAGGAGCCCCCCCGCCACCCCCACCGUUCACCUCCUACAUCGUGUCCACCCCUCCCGGAGGCUUUCCCCCUCCCCAGGGCUUCCCUCAGGGCUACGGUGCCCCGCCACAGUUCAGUUUUGGCUACGGGCCUCCACCUCCACCGCCAGAUCAGUUUGCCCCUCCGGGGGUUCCUCCUCCACCAGCCACUCCCGGGGCAGCACCUCUGGCUUUCCCACCGCCUCCGUCUCAGGCCGCCCCGGACAUGAGCAAGCCCCCGACAGCUCAGCCAGACUUCCCCUAUGGUCAGUAUGGUUACGGGCAGGACUUGAGUGGCUUUGGACAGGGCUUCUCGGACCCCAGCCAGCAGCCUCCUUCCUAUGGGGGUCCCUCCGUGCCAGGGUCGGGGGGCCCCCCCGCCGGUGGCAGCGGCUUUGGACGAGGGCAGAACCACAACGUGCAAGGGUUCCACCCCUACCGACGCUAGCCCGCAGCGCCGCGACGUCUGCACGGCCCAGACCCAGGAUUCCAAACUUGUGAACUCGUGACAAUCACAAACGUGGCGGCAAAGUAGCGACUCAACCUUGGGGGGGGCGGGGGGAGGGCGCGAGGCUUUUGGAGCGGCUGUGGGUGUCGUCUGGACUGAAGUUUUUAAAUAUUUCUUUCUCUAACCCAUCAGCACAAUAAAAAAAAGUCACUGGUUCAACAACAGGGUUUAAAAAAAAUGUCUUCAGCUUUAAUUCAAAACUUCAGGUUUCUUUUUCUUCCUUUUUUUUGGAAAUUAUUUUCCUGAGCCUUUUGUUUUACGGUAUAUUGUAAACUUUUAUGUUAAAGAAAAAAUAUACAUUUACAAAUUGUGAGAUUUUUAAGAGAAAUUUUCUACGAUGUAUACUGGCUUAUUUUUUAAUUUAAAACAGGGUUUCCGUCGGCACUGGUGGAGGGGUGCGCUGUUGGUCCCCUCGCUCCUGCCUUUGGGGGUUGGGACUUGGUGGUCCAGAAACUCUGGGAGCUUCAAGAAGAAUCUACUGAGUGUGUUUCUGUUUUUUGUUUAAUUCCUUGCUUUUGUCGACUGACCUGCGUGGUAGUGUCUGAGGUGAACUGUGGGGGUUGCACACAGCCCGCCGCGUGGAUCCCACGCAGCGCUGAACCGAACCGAGCAGGAAGCCUUUCUCCCCAGGCCCGUGGCUUCAGGGCGUUUCCCAUUGGCCAGUUUGGCCCUGGUUGGAAUAAAGAGAAGUGGUUUGGAUUAGAA